AUGCCUAAAAACCCAAAGUUUGAAUAUGAUGCAAAGCAGCCUGCAUUUCUCCAGAAGCUCCGGGGCCAAUAUGGAGACAACACCGGUCGCUUAGAGCGACCUGCCUUACGACCCACCAGACUCAAAGUCAAUAAGGACGACGACGAUGACGAGCCUACCUACCUUGAUGAAGAAAGCAACGAGGUGAUUUCCAAGGAGGAAUACAAAGCAUUGGUUGAAGAAAGCGGCCCAAAGGGAGAGGAUGAGGCCAGCAACUUAAAGGAUAACUCCGCUGGCGAUCAAGACAAAUCCCAAACAGAACAUUCUACCAGCAAACAGAACAAUCUCACUGAAGUUGGAGGCCAGAGGAAACGAAAACAGGCCAAAGUGGUGGGUGAAGACAAUGCAGAAGCCGAAGAAGUCCAGCCCAAAGCGACUUUGAAGAAAUCCAAGAAGCCCAAGAAGAUCAAGCUUUCCUUCGACGAGGAAUGA